AUUAUCCUACCUUCACCUUUUUCUGAUUUCUUUCAACUCUCUGCUUAAUAAAGAAAUAAAAUUGUAGAACCCUCUUGCAAUUUCACAUUACUGCAUGUUCCCAACUGAUUACUCAUCAAUCAAACUUCCCUUUCUUGGUAAUUUUCAUUUCAAAGAAAAAGAAAAACCCCUUUUGCUCCCUGUGAAUCCACUCCUGACGCCCUAUGCAGAAGAGGAAAAGAUAUGGGUGACUCGUAAAUGCCACCACGUCCUCCUCAUCUAAGGGAUGGUGCCCUAAUUCAAAGCACAGUGCCCCUUAAUUUCUCCUUAUCUCCAUUUUGCCUUGGGACAAGAGACCUUUACCUCGUCCUAAGAAAAUGAAAAAAGAAGAAGAAAGGAUUGCUCUGCACUGUGACCCUGCCCUUAAACGCAGAGCAGAAGCAGAGGAGCUCAGACCCUGCGUGCGAAAGUGCAAGGACGGAAACGUGUCCAUUUUUGUGUUCCAACUCCCAAUCUCCGCCACUUGGGCAGCUCAUAUAAUUAAAGCAUCAUCACCAGAUUUGGACAUUGAUUUUUUUUUUUAAAAAAUUAAAUCUCUUGUGUGGUCACUCUGUUUUUUCACAAAAAAGUUUUUAAAAGAAGUGUGGUUUGUUUUUUUUUUUUUUACCGGUGGGGUCUAUUGCAAGUGGAGAUGUUGGUGAAGUGGGCUUUGAGAGUUGAGUGUUGGGUUUCAGUUUUUUGUUUAAAUAUUCGUUCUUUUUUCUUCGUCAUCAUCAGCAUCAUCACCAUCUUCUUCUUCCUCUUCUUCUAAAAUUCUUCAUCCUCCGUUUUUCUCUUGGUUUUAUAGUUGAGAAAGAGAUGAGCGGGUACGUGGGGGUGAGUCCUGCAGGGAGUGCUGGAGCGUACAGUGGGGGAUAUCAGAAGGUGGUGGAUGGGAGGGUGAGGGUUGCAGAGCUCACCUUGAGGUGUUUGAUCUUUGGGUUGGGAGUUGUUGCUGCUGUUCUUGUUGCCACUGAUUCACAGGUCAGAGUCAUCUUCUCUUUCCACAAGAAAGCCAAAUUCACAGACAUGAAAGCUCUCGUGUUUCUGGUGAUAGCAAAUGGGAUAGCAGCUGCAUAUUCAGUGGUGCAAGGGGUGAGGUGUGUGAUGAGCAUGGUUAGGGGCAGUGUCCUGUUCAGCAGGCCCUUAGCUUGGGCCAUUUUUUCUGGGGAUCAGGUGAUGGCAUACGUGAUGUUAGCAGCGGCGGCGGCGGCUGCACAGUCGGCGGUAUUUGCAGAGUUAGGGCAAGAGGAGCUGCAGUGGAUGAAAAUAUGCACCAUGUAUGGGAAGUUCUGCACCCAAGUUGGGGAGGGGAUAGCCAGUGCUCUUUUGGCCAGCCUCAGCACAAUUCUCCUCUCUUGCAUCUCUGCUUUUAGCCUCUUUCGCUUGUAUGGAGCCCAAAAGGGUAGCAAGGCCACCAUUGCACCACCCACAUGGUAGCUACCUACCCACACACGUACCUCUUUAGUUAAUUAAUUAGGUUCCCUUUGCUUAGCCUUAAACUCUAAUCUUUGUCUUUAAUGACGAAGGGUUAAACUAUGAAUUAAGAGUGUUUGUGAUAAUAAGUGAUUUUGGAUCAAAA